GACAAUCGGUGUUAUUAAUGAAAUCUUUGAUCAUGAGUAAGCGGAAAAGUAUCUAAUUAAACCCUCUUCAGGAAAACUUUUCUUUGUCCCGUAUUUUUUCACACCGUUCCUUGAAAAUAUGAGCUCUAUUCAGCGAGAGGGAUCGAGAGAUUUUAUCUCAGUUUCCAUGCCGUGGAAUAAUGACGACAAAAAUGAUGACAACAGCAAGGGACGUCGACAUACCUCACUGUACAGGAAGUGGCGAGCCAUGUCUUCUUUUCAAAGAUCGCUCAUUUUCCUGCUGUGUAUUCUUGGUUGUGUCACUUUUUUGUUGUGGCGUAAAGGACUAAUGUGGCAAAACUUUGAAACUGACAAUAUGGAUGAAACUGUAGGUCAUCAAGGUCACCAGGUUUCUGAGGAACAUUCUCCAAAAUUUAACAGAGUGAAUAAACAUGAAAUUAUUGAAAAUAAUUUGAAAGAACUGGAAGAACUCAGGAAGCAACGUGCCCUGGUAAUAAAGAAAGGGCCUCCAAAGUUGAAAAAUAGGGAUAAACCAAUUGAUGACAAUAUAGAUGAUAACAAAAACCUAAAUUCAAAUGAAGAAACAAAUGAGGGGGAGAUUCAUGGUGAUACAGGUGUACAUACUGAGGAUAAGCUGCCCGGUGAUGUUGGAGCAGACACUGCUGGCGACGGUGAAGCAAAUCCUGUAGCUGUAGAAAAUAAUGAGAAUUUUGCUCUGAACAUAAAUGGAGUUAAAAUACUUCCAUUAGAUAAGCAAAGUCAGCAUCAAAAGAAGGUUGUAGAAGCAUUCAGACAUGCCUGGGAGGGUUAUAAACAAUAUGCAUGGGGUCAUGAUGAAUUGCGUCCUAUUUCCAGAUCGCAUAGCGAAUGGUUUGGUAUUGGGCUGACAAUUAUUGAUUCACUGGAUACCAUGUUGUUAAUGAACCUGCGUGAAGAGUUUCAACAGGCUUGUGAAUGGGUAGCCAACAGCUUGACCUUUGAGAAAAAUGUUGAUGUGAAUUUGUUUGAGACAACAAUCCGUGUUCUUGGAGGACUCCUGAGUGCAUACCAUUUGUCACGGGAUGACCUGUUUUUGAGAAAAGCGGUAAGUAGUAAUGAAAAAGAAAUAUCUUUGGAAGGAUUAGUUGAUAAGUUAUAUUGAAGCAUGAAUUUUUCCAAUGCCUGACCU